GGCCAUGAAGUAUUGAGUAGGCAAGAGCAUGUAUCCUCGCGGAGUGUAGCAGUUGAUUUGUCCUCGUGCGGCACUGGAGCUGCAGCCACCCAUAUCCAGACUCUGAAUGGCCUCUCAUUGCCAUCCACAGUGAAAGGAACUCCUCGUCUCUUAUGGACAGCCUUCAGGAAGACCACGUUUUUGCCCUCUCUCAGUUGCCUUCAGGGACUGUUAGGGCUGAUGAGCAGAGAGACAGAGAGAGAAGGAUUGUACUGUACUAGACCAGCGAAGGAUAGACAUCAAAGAUGGAACCUGCCCAUCCCCCAAGGAAAUGUUGCAAUCAGCCAGUCCCUUCACAGCAUUGCUGAACACACAGAAGGUUGGGUGAAACCAUCAUUUGGAAAUUGGUCGAGUCAGGGGAGCUUUGACACAUCAUCAAAUCUUAAACUAGUCAGUGGUGUGGGCCUUCCAUCAGAACCAAUCUUUCUGAAGGUUCGGCUGUGGGUGAUGGGUCAGGGUGAGUGGCUCCAAGUGUGGUGAGAGUUUCAAUCAUUCACCGAGGCUCGUGAACAAUUGACUCAUUCCUGCAGAGGAGAGGCUGCUUACAGUGCAUCUGUUGUAGAUCUGUUAACAUAAGAGUAGCUUCAUGGAAGAGAAUCCCUUCAAGUGUGAAGUCUGCAACCGAACCUUUGCACGGCCAUCAACACUUGUGAAUCACCGACGCAUUCACACUGGGGAGAAGCCGUUUAAGUGUGAGCUGUGCAACCGAGCCUUUGCACAGUCAUCAACACUUGUGAAUCACCGACGUAUUCACACUGGGGAGAAACCAUUCAAAUGUGAGGUGUGCAACCAAACAUUUGCAAAGUCAUCCACACUAGUGAAUCACCGACGCAUCCAUACUGGUGAGAGGCCAUUUUCAUGUGAUUUCUGUAACAAAACAUUCUCGCAGCCAUCAAACCUCCGUGUACACCAACACAUUCAUACAAAAGAGAAACUAUUUACAUGCGAUGUAUGUGAUAAAUCAUUUUCAAUGUUAGCGAAUCUCCGUGUGCACCAACGCAUUCACACCGGGGAGAAACCAUUCACGUGUAAAAUAUGCAUCAAAUCAUUUUUGAACUCAGUACAUCUCCGCGUACACCAACGUACACACACAGGGGAGAAACCAUUCACGUGCAAGGUAUGUGAGAAAUCAUUCUCCCAGUCAUCAAGCCUUUGUGUACAUCAACGUAUUCACACAGGAGAGAAACCAUUUACAUGUGAGGUGUGUGACAAAUCAUUCUCACAGUCGUCACACUUCCUCGUGCACCAACGCAUUCACACAGGGGAGAAGCCAUUCACAUGUCAGAUAUGCAGCAAAUCAUUCUGUGACUCAUCAAAACUCCUGCUCCAUCAGAGGAUUCACACAGGGGAGAAACCAUUCACAUGUGAUGUAUGCAACAAAUCAUUCUCAGAUUCAUCAACUCUCCGCAAACACCAACGCACUCACACAGGGGAGAAACCAUUCAAAUGCGAAGUUUGCAACAAAUCAUUCUCGAGGUCAUCAAAGCUCCUGGUUCAUCUGAGAAUCCACACAGGGGAGAAACCCUUCACAUGUGAGGUUUGUGAGAAAUCAUUUUCAGAGUCAUCAAAACUCCUGCUGCAUCAGAGGAUUCACACAGGGGAGAAACCAUUCAGGUGUGAGGCUUGUGACAAAUCGUUCUCCCAGUCAUCGAUCCUCCGUGUUCACCAACGUAUCCACACAGGGGAGAGACCAUUUACAUGUGAGAUAUGUGACAAAUCUUUCUCACAGUCCUCAACCCUGUACACACACCAGUGCAUCCACACGGGGGAGAAACCAUUCGCGUGUGAGGUGUGUGACAAAUCAUUCUCACGGUCAUCGAACCUCCUGCUCCAUCAGAGGAUCCACACAGGGAAGUUCAUGGAAGAGAAACAAUUCCAGUGUGAGGUCUGCAAACGAGCUUUUGCAAAGUCAUCAACAUUGGUGAAUCAUCGACGCAUUCACACAGGAGAGAAGCCUUACAAAUGUGAGGUUUGUGACAAGGCCUUUGCACAAUUAUCAGCCCUAGUGAAUCACCGGCGCACUCACACAAGGGAGAAACCAUUCACGUGUGAAGUGUGUAACAAUUCAUUCUCAGAAUCAUCGACUCUUCGCAAACACCAACGCGUUCACACAGGGGAGAGACCUUUCGUGUGUGAAGUGUGCGACAAAUCAUUCUCACAGUCAUCGACCCUUCAUAGGCACCAACGCAUUCACACGGGGGAGAAACCAUUCAUAUGUGAGGUGUGUGACAAAUCAUUCUCAAAUUCAUCACAUCUCCGCCGACACCAACCCGUACACACAGGUGACAAGCCAUUCACGUGCAAUGUGUGUGACAAAUCCUUCUCAGAUUCAUCAAGUGUCCUACUCCAUCAGAGGAUUCACACAGGGGAAAAACCAUUUACAUGUGAUGUGUGUGACAAAUCAUUCUCAGUCGUAUCUUCCCUUUGUAAGCACCAACGCAUUCACACAGGAGAAAAGCCUUUCACAUGUGAGGUAUGUAACAGGUCAUUCUCAGUGUUAUCAAACUUCCGCAGACACCAACGCAUUCACACAGGGGAGAAACCAUUCACGUGUGAGGUUUGUGACAAAUCCUUUUCAGUGUCGUGGAAUCUCCUGCUCCAUCAAAGGAAUCACACAGGGGAGUAAUCCUUCAUAUGUGAGAUUGCGGAGAACUUUUCAGGGUCUUUUCGACCAUUUGGAAUGCACCAGGAUUCA